AUGUCUUCUUUCACCUGCAAGACCUGUCUGCUAACUCUGGAUGAAAUAGGCAAGCAUCUUUCCCAGUCUAGACACAAAACAGUUCAAUAUGAUGCAAUUGGAGAGGUUCUUGAGUGUGAGGAUUGUGGUGACACCAACGUUCAUUUAUUGAAGAUGUUGCGAUAUGAAUUGACUGAUCUUGCACUUCUAUGUACAGAUUGCUAUCUGCUGCUGGGAACAGAGGCAACCGCAGAGUACACUUUGUCGAAUGGAUCGCUUUUUGGAAAGCUUCCUCUCUACUACAAACUUAGAGACAUACAAUGUGACGUAUGCAAUGAUGACAAAAAGUUGCAUGUGGCCAAUACUAAAUCGGGCCAAAAUAUUUUGUGUAAAAAAUGUUUGGACGCAGUCGAAAUGCCCGGCAUGGAGUUUGUUGGAGAGGGUUCUCCUGGCUUUCUUUACGCUUUGCUUGGGCUCAAAGAGUUCAUUCCAAAGGCAAAUGCAAAAAGCAGUGGUUCAAGAAGAAAAAUGGGCCGCAUGGGUGGUAGAACGAAAAAACCACGGCCUGUGGAUCCCGAGGCAUUGAAAAGAAAGGCCCAUUACGAGAGCAUGAAGGCCACUAGCGCAGCCUUGAAGACAGGAAAGACAGUGAAAGCUGUUGGCUCUUCUGGCACGACACCAGUCAUUUCUCGUCUGUCUACUCCAGUACCGUCUAGCUCGAAAAACCUGAAGCCCACGAAGACUGCUAAAGCACUUCCGAAGAAUGAGCCGCUGAAGCCGAACACAACGAAGGCAAAGGUGCCACAAAAGCCAUUACCGAAAACGGAGAAAAAUAGUUCCAUCCAUUCUAUGAAAAAAGAGACGUCAACUGGACCAAAUGCUGCCAAAGCACCCAAAUCAGAGGGUUCAAAAUCGAAAUCUAAGGGGAAAGACGAUGCAAAUAACACCAAAUCAAGUGCGCCGAAGGCAGAAAAAGCUUCGGCUAAGAAAAAAGACAAGGCACCCAAAACUGGUGCCGUAAUACCAAAUCCUAAAUCGAAACAGAAGCCAGCAGAUUUGGCCCCGGCUGGAAAUGAAAAGAAAAUAUCUGACAAAAAAGAACCCAAAGGCUCUAGGAAAUCCAAUGGUGAUUCCACUGCUGGCAAAAUGAAUGGUACUAGCCCAGCAGUGUCUACCUCUAAAAAAGGUAAUGUCAAGCAAAUUGAAAAGCCAGCUACCAAAAAAGGAGACGACAAUCAAAUUGAGGCGGCUGAGGCCAAAAAACCCGUUAUUCCUGUGCCUCCUGGAAUACAGAAGUACGAGCCUUCGCCCAAGCCUAAAUUGACUUAUGACUCUAUGACUGAGUACUUCAACGAGAUGUGUUACAAUUUAUUUUUGGAGGAAAAAGCUGGAUUGAAAACCAGUGACAAUGCUUUUUUGACUUCUGAGGACUUUGUAUUGGAAUGGUACGCGGACCAGGAUAAGAAGAACAAGCAGUUUAAACUCGAGAUUUUGAUGACUCCUCAAUUCUUGGAUCGUUUCGUCUCGAAGAAAAUGCAAGCACUCAAAAAAGUGCCAUUUGCUGCAGGCCAAUCAUUAAUUUUGACGUUGGGUGACGAUAUUGCUUGGUACGGAUCUAUCGGUCUCAGCGAAAGUAAAAAUGCUGCCUCUGGAAAGCAUGGGAAAUCCAAAAAACCUGUAAGAGGCAGAAAACCAUCUAGAACUCCAGCAGGGCCAAAAAAUUUGGAGCUUAUUAUCGAGUUGUACCCUUGGAAUCAAAUGCCAUUGCCAACUGGUGUCAAUGUCAAUCAUCUCAAAAUUCUUCCUGUGUCAGUACCUGUGAGUCGAGUGUUUACGGCAAUGUCCAGGAUUCUGAACCCAAGAUUUGUGGAUCUCCUUCUUGGAAAGAAACCAGUGAAGCAGAUUGUGUUCAAGAACUACUUGAAGUUUACAAGGGACACGUUCAAUGACUCUCAGAAGGUGGCUAUCCAAUCAGUACUUAACAACUCCAUUACCGUGCUACAGGGACCUCCAGGAACGGGUAAAACAUCGACGAUUUAUGAGAUUAUUUUGCAGCUCUUAGGAAAUCUCAACACCUAUCCUAUUUUGGUUGUGGCUGCCUCCAACAUCGCUAUUGAUAAUAUCGCAGAAAAAUUGCUCGAGACACACAAGAAUAGCAUUUUGCGUAUUGUGUCUCUCGAAAAAGAGCCAGAGUACAACAGAGAACAUCCGUUGGCGUCAAUUUGCUUACACCAUAAAGUCUUUGAUGGCCUUCCUUUACAAGCUCAAGAGACGAUCAAGGAAAUGAGACGGCCAAACUCUACUGUCAGUCAAAAUCAGUACAAAAAGCUUAUGACUACACAGAUCGACUACUCCGACAAGCUUAUUGCGCUGGCUCGUGUCAUUUUCACCACCACCGUUGUGGCUGGAGGUAACCAAUUGAAGCUGUGCCCAAAGAUUCCUGUAAUCAUCAUGGACGAAGCCACACAGUCUUCCGAGCCAACAACACUUAUUCCGUUGUCCAUUCCUGGAGUGGAGAAGUUCGUUUUUGUGGGAGAUCAAAAGCAGUUGAGUAGUUUCUCUCAAGUGCCUAACCUAUCACUCUCUUUAUUCGAGAGAAUUCUUCUCAACGGAAUUUACAAGACGCCACAUAUGCUUGAUACCCAAUACCGUAUGCACCCUGCAAUCAGUGAGUUUCCACGUCAUAGAUUCUACGACGGCUUGCUUAAAGAUGGCUUGACGCUGGCCGACCGAGUCAUGGAGAACAUUCCAUCUAACCCAGUGGUGUUUUGGGACACGGCUGGAAAAUGUCCUGAAAAGGUUGUCAACUCCCGGUUUUGGGAAGAUGGUGGCAGAACGUAUGCCAACACUGGAGAAAUUACGAUGCUUGAGAAAGUUUUGGGACUCCUCAUUUACGAUAAGGGAAUUCCUAGAGAUCAGAUUGGUGUUAUCACCCCAUAUAGGGGACAGAGGGAUUUGAUUUCGUCUACACUUGUGAAGAACGACCUUAUUAACCCAGAAAAGGAUGAGGUUCACAUUGAGAUUGACCGAGAUGACUUUUUCAACGAGUCGAAGCCUGUCACUAUUCACACUGUUGCAGACAUCAUGAUUGCGUCUGUUGAUGCGUUCCAGGGCCGUGAAAAGAAUUUCUUGGUCAUGAGCUGUGUGAGAUCCAACACGGAAAACAAGAUCGGAUUCUUGAGUGAUGCGAGAAGAAUGAAUGUGGCUCUCACAAGAGCUAAAUACGGUUUGAUUUUGAUCGGAGAUACAAACUGUUUACGAGAGGGAGAUCAUCUCUGGAAGGAGUAUCUCGACCAUUUGGAGGAGAAGGGCUCCAUAUUGAAAUCUCCCAAUUUCGAAUAUGGCCAUUAG